CUCCACCGUCCAGAUGCAGCACCUUGACAAUUAGCAUACGUUCCAUUCAUCGAGCAAACAGGCAAAUGCUAGCAAAGGUAACAUUUAACAAUUUACCAUCUGAGUGACAGCAGUUUUAUUUAAAGAGUUUUCUACAAGUUAUCUGUUGUUGGGCACAGAGAAGUUGCUUAUUAGCCUCAAACAAGGAGAAAGUAAAUUUAAGCUAACUCGAAAACAUUACUUUGCAAACGACACGUUGGAGUGGCAAACUGUUUUCUAGGCAUUAAGGCGAACGUUUUGAGUCAAUAUAAUAGAUUUCGGUUUCUACGCCCCGUUCUAAGUGUUUACUUUCUAGUAAAAAUGCCCCGAAGGCUCUGUUGACCAGCUAAUGUGGGCGGCGUUAGCUUUAGCAGAGAGAGAGCGUUGCUUUGGGGGAGUCAGCUGACAGCCUUCUGCUGCCAACAGCCCAGUGAUGGAUCAACUCAAAGUGAAGGACCGCAUAUUGGAAAACAUCUCGCUGUCUGUCAAGAAGUUACAGAGUUACUUUGCAGCCUGUGAGGAUGAAACUCCAGCUAUCAGAAAUCACGACCGGGUCCUUCAGCGUCUUUGUGAACAUCUCGACCAUGCUCUGCUGUAUGGGCUGCAGGACAUCUCAUCAGGCUACUGGGUCUUAGUGGUUCACUUCACCAGGAGGGAGGCCGUCCGACAGAUAGAUGAGCUUCAGCACAUCGCCACCAACCUGGGCCGAAGUCGGGCCUGGUUGUACCUGGCAUUGAGUGAGAGCUCUUUGGAAAGCUAUCUGCGCCUCUUCCAGGAGAAUCAAGGACUGCUACAGAAGUAUUAUUUCAAGAAUGCACUAGUGUGCAGUCAUGACCACCUCACGCUCUUUCUUACGCUGGUGUCCGGCCUGGAGUUCAUUCGCUUCGACCUGGAGCUGGAUGUUCCCUAUCUGGAUGUGGCUCCAUAUAUGCCUGAAUACUACAAACCACACAACCUGCUGGACUUUGAGGAAAGGCUCCCCAGCUCGGACAGCUUGUCUCUGCACUCCUUCACCUCCCUGACCUCCACUAACCUGGAGUGGGAUGACAGUGCCAUAGCUCCCUCCAGUGAAGAUUAUGAUUUUGGUGACAUGUUCCCCGUGUUGCAGUCACUGCCAAGUGUAGACUGGGAAGAGGGUGACUUGACCGAUCAGGCCAGCUGCCCUCGGUCUGCCGGUUCUGAUCCUCAGACCGUCAUCAGUGACACAGUGGUGGUCGCCAGCACAGCAGUGGGGAAAGUUGCCGCUCGCCUUUCUCCACACAGCCCCACGUCUCGACACAACCCCUUCAACGAGGACUCUGACACCAACACCUCAGCAGAUGUCACACCGGUUCAUGUGGCCAGCCGUCACAACACCACCGGAGAUGAGGCAGAGAUCAACGGCAGCGAGCUGGAAGUCAUCAGGAUGGCUAGACGAAAGAAACCAGCCAAGAAGCGGCGGGCGAGGGGAUCUACGGAUUCUAGCAGCAGCAUCCAUGCGUCAUUCUCCUCUGAACAUGUGGAGAUGAACCACAGCACCUCAGAGGAGGUGGAGUCUGUAACCUCCACUGUAGUUUUCGAAGACAGCGAAGGAGAGCAGAGCAGAAGCAGGGUUGGGUCAGCAAUUGCAGAGGAAGGAGGGGAGGAAGGCCUACUACGGCUUCCAGAGAUGGCCGACAACUCUAUGAACAAUGUGGGGCAGCCCCUCCGUGACGUCAUGAAGCGGCUCAGCGGGUCCUGGGCAAAUUCAGAGGAGCAUGGCUGUGACCAGACCUCAGAGCCUCCUGCUCAGCAGCCCUUUCGCAACGAUUCCGAAGGAGAGCCUCCCGACCCAGCUAAAGGAGAGACGUUUGAGUCCUCUUUGGCCGAAAGACCUGACUUCCUGCAGACCUCUCCUGUGUCCCCAGACCUAUGCUUCUUUGCCCCUCACAGUCCAGACUCUGCUGACACAAGUGGUGGCCACAAUGACUCUGCAGAGCAGAGCCAGUCACAGACUCUUUCAGGUUGCCUUGAAGAUGAAGAAGAAGGAGAAGCGCCAGCAGGACAAGAGCCCCUCAUGAAGGAGGAGGAAAACUCACAGGAAGAUCCACGAGCCAGAACACCUGUAGCUGAGGAAACUGAGCCACAGGAGGAGAAACUGAGUCCCUCUGAAAUCUCUCACCCAGCAGAGUUCAAGGUGGACAACAAUCACCUGCUACUCCUCAUGAUCCAUGUAUUCAGAGAGAAUGAGGAGCAACUUUUCAGGAUGGUGAGGAUGAGUACAGGUCAUAUGGAGGGGGACCUGCAGCCUCUCUAUCUGCUGCUGACUGACUGUUACAUCUAUUUACUGAGAAAGGGAGCUGCGGAAAAACCCUACACAGUAGAAGAUGCUGUUUCCUACAACGAACUUGACUAUUUCUCUGUUGGCCUUGACCAGCAGACAGUAACGCUGGUUUGCACCAACAGAAGAAGAAAGUUCCUGUUGGACACAGCUGACGGUUCCCUGACUGUCUGGUUCCUGUCUGUUCUGAAGUCAGCCAUGGUCCAGGGAUGCCGAGAGCCUCCCUAUCCUGCUGUUCUAACAGAUGCCACCAUGGAAAAACUGGCUUUGAAUAAGUUUGUCUCCCAGGAGUGUCAUUGUGAGGUGUCUGAAGUGUGUAUUGAGCUGUAUUCUUUGGUUCACUGGGAGGACCCGAUGGAUAUGAGCAUGUCUCCCCAAGGAGGCACCCCCACCUCUGGGAUGCCGCCCAGCACCAAAGAAGGUACCCUGCAGUACAGGUGUGGAACCACCUACCUGGGUAAAGAACAGUGGAAGAGCUGCUAUGUCGUUCUCAGCAAUGGGAUUCUGUACCUGUAUGCAGAGAGGACAGACGUCACCCCUCUGCUGUCGGUCACAAUGGGUGGGGAACACUGUGGAGGCUGCCGUCGCUCCAACAACACAGAGCGUCCCCACGCCUUCCAGGUCAUCCUGACGGAGCGCCAGCCGCUGGUGCUCAGCGCCAACGAUGAGCAGGACAUGGCUGAAUGGAUGCAGCUGCUCUGUCAGGCUGUUUCCAAGGGAGUCAUCCCUCAGGGUGUGGCUCCGACCCCAUGUAUCCCUUGCUGCCUGGUGGUAACAGACACGAAGAUCCUAACUUGCCAUCAGGACUGUCAGACCAGUUUUUUUCGUUCGCUGGGCAGCGCCGAUAUCUGCGAUGUGACCAGCGUGAGCUUGGAGCCCGACAAGGAGUACUGUGUUGUUGAAUUCGCAGCAGAUCGGACUCAGUUCCUUCCUCCUUGGGUGUUAUACUUCAGCGGAUGUGAAGAGAGAGAUCGGCUUCUGAGGGCUUUAGAAAAGACAUGGAAAGCCAUUUUUCAGGUUGACCUCCCCCAAAGAGAGCUGUUGGACCCACUGGUGCAGAAACGCUGCGGUGAGGCUCUGGAGCUGAUGAAGAGUGCUUGGCAGAGGGCAGACAGCCUAGCUCGAGGCAGAGCCCAGCGGGAACCCUGGUGCUGACGAACAGACUUCCACCUUAACAAUCAAACAGGAGCAUUUCACUGAUGGGACACAGAGGUGUCAGAAGUAAUGUUCUGGGCCAGCACUAAUCAGUCAGCAGACUCAGACAUGAGGAGAUAGUUUAAAGCAAAGCAAAGUUUUUAAGUGUUUUCAUUUAAGAACAUUUAAUGCUAACAAUGCAGUGCAUGCACACUGAAGGGAUGUGGUGCUGCAGCCGAGGACACUAAUCCAUUCCUCUAAAAAGCUGUUUAGAAGAAAUAAUGAAGGUUUGUAUCGUAAAGUUCUGACCUUUGCCUCCUAAGAUCUAUGUACAACUGAAGCAUGACUAGAAUUCACAACCAGGAGCUUUAUUCUACGUUAGCAACAUCAUAUCAUAUCAUAUACAUCUGGAUAAGUUCACAAUCUUAUCCUGUGCUCCGAUAAAUGUUUAUAACACUCACUGCUUGCAUGUUGCACACAGCCUUUUGAAUUUGAAGGUACGUUUACAGGGAAACUGGUUCAAAGGUGGAACAGGUUACAGUGGCAACACAAGGUCGCUGACGGUGGCCUGAUAUUCAGAUUAGUUUGCUACAAGCGAGAGCGCGUACCUCUUUACUCAGUUAUUCUCUCAUAAACAUUAUACUGGACCCUGUAGGGGUGAACACCUGAUGUAGAUGAUCACAUUUUACACACAUUUCCACUCUGGGAAAAACUCACAAGCCAGAAAUGUCUUCUUUUAUGAGAUGAAAAAUGUGAUCACCUCAAUCAUUUUGCCUUUUUUUUUUACACAUUGGAAUCAGAUGGAGGUCUGCACAUUGUUUUUGUUUGUUUUUCUAUGCAUAUGAGUUUUUUUUUUAACUUAAUGCUUAAGUUUUUUAAUUUCCUUGUUCCGUUGUGAUUUACUUAGGUUUUCCACUAUAUAAACGGGUGCAUGUUUCAGCCUGUUUGAAUAGCGCCUCACAGAAGGCUGUUUUAUUCUAACAGCUGCUUGCUUUUAAUAACAUUCAACUUUUAUUUAUAAAGUUAACGAUCCUUAUUGUCCUGCAGGGGGUCUUUAAUGGCAAAAAUAAUUUCUAUGAAGGAUAAUCCCACAUUCACACUUAGGAGGGAAUAAAAGCUACAUUCUAUGAGUUGUAGGUUUUGGCAUUGAAUCUCAACGGUUUCUCCUAAAACUUGAUCGAUGUACCGUUUCCUGCUUUACAAGCAGCAUCAUUUCAACACAAAUGGAAUGUUUUGUUUGCAUUGACAGAUUUGCCUUUUUUACAUUUUAAUGUAAAGCCGCAUUGAAUACAGUUAGGUUUUGAUUAAUAAACUUUUGAUAUUUUAUUUCAUUUGGGUUUGUUUUUAUUUUCAUUUUCUUUAGUUAGAUGUUUAAUGAAAAAUGAGCUUUGGUGUAAAACCUUUACUCUAAACGGAUGUGGAAGAACUUUCUCUAAAUUUAGCAUUUUAGGCUAAAUAGGUUUUAUCAGAUGUGCUGUUUUUAAAUGAUUAACUCUGUUGAUAAAUAUGCACUGCAUUAAAAUGCCUCCUAGCCAUAUACGUACAUCUUGUACAAUCACACUGUGUUACUCCUGUGUUAGCAUUAAUCAGGGAGGUAAACCUUAUUAAGUGCCACUAGCUCUUGCUUUUUUUUCUUAAUGUUUUACAGAGAAAUCUCAGGUGGGGGAAGAAAAAAAAAAGGUCCCAGAACCUUCAGAAUCACCUCGUGGGAUUUUGUUUGGCUACAGCAGCCGUUCUGUUCUGCACAAUAUUUUAUAAAUAUCCCUUUUUUUUUUAGCUUUGGGAUAAAUGCUUCGAUGCUCAGUGCAGGGUUAUGAAGUUAUUUUUGCACACACACUGGGAAGAACAUUUGGAAAAUGGAUUUUUAUGAAAUUUGCUCUUUGCAAAUGUCAAUUCUUUAUUAAAAAUCCUGUCUGCAAAUUCUUAAACCCAUUGAUUUGUGAGAGUAAUGUCAGAAAAGUUGGUUACUUGAAAUGAUUGUUGUUCUGUGCUCAGAAAUGUGCCUGUGGAUUGUAUAUAAAGAAAAAGUCAAGUCAGUGUCUGAGUGUUUCAAUUGUGGGAAAUUGCUGGUCAAUGAUGGACAAUAUCUUGUAGUGUUAAACUGUAACAAAGUUUUUUUUUUGUUUUUUUUACAUGCACAUUGCAUGGAAUGUGUGUCUUUCAUUAGAUUUAUUAAAAUGUAAAUAAAGAACUAAUAAGAGUGUAAAGUCCUGCUUAAACAUAUGCAUGUUCUUAAGGUUUUAUACUCUAAACUGCAAAGAAUGUACAAACGAAGCUUUGGAAAAUGUGUCUAAAUAAAACUAUA